AUGACGACGGUGGUUUGUCUGACUGCGAAAGAAACCCCUCCGGGUUCGGUUGGCCAUGGAUCUAAGCAGGCUUGCCUACAAGUUCCCGGAAACCCUGGGCUAGUCGUCUCUUUGGAUCCGACAUUGGUUGUGACCGCGGGAGCCGACGCCUACCUAAAGAUCUUGGAGUACGGGGUCAAAAAGACUCAGCUCCGGAUCGACAGGCUUCUGCUUCAAGCGUUCAUGGCAGGAGUGUAUGUAGCAAUGGCCGGUCACUGCUGUACAGUUCUGGCUGGAUCAUACCCGACGGAAACUGACAAUCCCCUUGCUGUGGCAAAGCCUACGCAGAAAUUCAUCUACGGAUCGCUGUUCCCUGUCGCUUUCAUAUGCAUCAUUCUUACCGGAGCCGAGCUGUUUACCGGCAACACGAUGACCAUGCUCAUCUGUUGGUUUCAACGACGCGUCACAAUUCUUCAGCUAGGGGUGAACUGGGGGGGCAGCUUCCUUGGUAACUGGUUAGGCGCCCUUUUUGGGGCUUACUUCCUUUCAUACCUGACGGGGGCCCUGGACGAUGAACACGUCCGUCAUUUCCUGUUUAUUACGUGCAAGACUAAAGUGUCCUACGGAUGGGGUGCUUGCUUCCUGAGAGGAGUUGGUUGUAACACGUUUGUAUGUCUCGCAGUGUGGACUGUCAUUGCAUCGGAAAACGUCGCUGGCAAGGUCCUAGUAAUGUGGUUCCCAAUUGUUGCUUUCUGCGUGGGAGGAUACGAGCAUAUAAUAGCCAACAUGUACACGUUACAGGCAGGCCUCAUGAUUGGGGCACCCGUCGCGAUCUCGGACGUCGUUGUUUACAACUUCUUGCCAACGCUUCUUGGCAAUAUUGUUGGAGGGUGCCUACUGGUAGGCGCGGUCUACGCAUACAACUUUUAUCCGACGUUGACAUUUACGGAAACCACAGGCGCGAAAGUCUUCGUCCAGGAUGUUGCACCGGCUCUAGACCGGCGCCACUCAUUCCAAGUGUCGAUGACGGAGCGAGAAGCAGAUGGUCGCGUGGUUACCGAAUACGAAGCAGUGCCUUUUGAGUCUUUCGGCGGGGACUACAUCGUCAGCAAGCAUGCCACGACAGCGGGCCCAGUUCCGUCUCGGGCAUCUUCAUUCCUGUACCCGUUUCAAGGACGGCCGAGGCAGUCCUCUCAGACAAGCUUUCUUAGCACACAACCUCUUCCGGAGCCAUCCGCCGCUUCGCCUGAGCCUUCCAGAGUCGGUCUCGAAAAUGCGCAGUCAUCCCAGGUACAAAAGAUGCAUGCCCUAUCUCUAGUUUACUGUGCCUCGUAA